AUGUCCAGCAGCUCAGGCUACCCUCCCAGCCAGGGAGGUUUCAGUGAGCAGGGCCGCUAUCCACCUCAUAAUGUGCAGUAUUCCUUCAACCGCCACCAGCAGGAGUUCCCUAUCACAGACUACCGGACGCACAUGCAGGAUCCACAGGGGCGUCGGAGACCAUCUCUACUAUCGGAGUUCCACCCUGCACCAGAGAGGCCCCCAGAGAGACGUCACGGUUACGAACAGCAGUUUCCCUCAGUCAAUGCUCAGGCUGAACAUGAGCAACUGGAGGCCAAACGACCUCGCAUGGACACCAUCAAUGAAGCCCACAUUACACGCACCCCCUCAACCUCCGGGGGCAUGAGUCUUCCGAUGCCCCACACAAUACAUGACAGCCUAAGAGCCACUGUGGAAGUCAAAAAGGAGUCUCAGUAUAGUGUUAAAGUGGACGCGUCAGCCAGCCUUCAUCUCGGUGACGACACAGACUCGUCUCCCUCCAAGCUUUCAAAGGAGGAGCUGAUCCAGAGUAUGGAUCGUGUGGACCGGGAAAUUGCUAAAGUGGAGCAACAGAUAUUCAAGCUCAAGAAAAAACAGCAACAACUGGAGGAGGAAGCAGCCAAGCCAGUGGUGCCGGAGAAGCCUGUGACUCCGCCCCCAGUGGAACACAAACACCGCAGCAUCGUUCAGAUCAUCUAUGAUGAGAACAGGAAAAAAGCAGAAGAAGCCCACAAAAUCCUGGAAGGUCUUGGUCCUAAAGUAGAGCUGCCCCUGUACAACCAACCGUCAGACACAAAAGUUUAUCAUGAUAACAUCAAAACCAACCAAGUGAUGAGGAAGAAGCUGAUUUUGUUUUUUAAGAGGCGAAAUCAUGCCCGCAAGCAACGGGAACAGAAGAUUUGCCAGCGCUAUGACCAGCUUAUGGAAGCCUGGGAGAAGAAGGUGGAGCGGAUGGAAAACAACCCCAAAAGGAAGGCUAAGGAAAGCAGAACACGCGACUAUUAUGAAAGACAGUUCCCCGAGAUCCGCAAGCAAAGAGAGCAACAGGAGAGAUUUCAAAGAGUUGGACAAAGAGGAACUGGCCUUUCUGCAACAAUUGCUAGAAGUGAACACGAAAUAUCAGAAAUCAUAGAUGGCCUGUCUGAGCAGGAAAAUAAUGAGAAACAAAUGAGACAGCUUUCUGUCAUUCCCCCCAUGAUGUAUGACUCUGAGCAGAGAAGAGUCAAGUUCAUUAACAUGAACGGCCUGAUGGACGACCCAAUGAAAGUAUACAAAUCUCGCCAUUUCAUGAAUGUUUGGACGGAGCACGAAAAAGAGAUCUUUAAAGAAAAGUUCGUUCAACACCCCAAGAAUUUUGGGCUAAUUGCCUCUUAUCUGGAGAGAAAGUGUGUGGCAGACUGUGUCCUUUACUACUACUUGACUAAGAAGAACAACAACUAUAAGACUCUUGUGAGACGGAACUAUGGAAGAAGACGACGUGGGAACCAGCAAAUUCCACGGCCAUCACAAGAGGACAAGUCAGACGACAAGAACGAAGAGGAAAAGCCUGAGAAGUCAGAUAAAAAAGAGGAAGAGGAGAAGAAUAACGAGGAAGACAAAGAUGAGAAGGAGGAUUCCAGGGACAUUGCUAAGGAUAAAGACAAGUGUGACGCCGGGGAGGACGAGGACGGGAAAGAGCAGAACACUCCUCGUGGCAGAAAGACCGCCAACAGCCAGGGUCGCCGCAAAGGCAGGAUUACCACACGCUCCAUGGCCAACGAGGCUGCUUCUGUGGCUGCCGAAGAAACCACACCCCCUGCCCCUGAGCCAGCUGUGUCGGACCCUCCACAGUCAUCCAAAAGUGAUUCUGCGCCGAAAGGCAUGAAGGAGCCUGUCAAAGCACAGAUUCUUGUAUCUUCUUCAGAAGCCAAUAAAGCUGGUUCCGGAGAAACCGGAGAAACUUCUCGCUGGACCGAGGAGGAGAUGGAGAUUGCCAAAAAAGGUCUUGUAGAGCAUGGACGUGAUUGGACCGCAAUCGCCAAAAUGGUGGGUACCAAAAGUGAAGCGCAAUGCAAAAACUUCUAUUUUAAUUACAAAAGGCGCCACAACCUGGACAACUUGCUCCAACAGCAUAACCAGGGAAGAGAUCGGGAUAGGGCUCAAGGUGAAGGCUUAGCCACGACAUCGCCUGAUGAUGAUGAAGACAAUCCAGAUGACAGUGAAGGUCCAGACAACAGUUCUGACACAGAGAGCGCCCCGUCCCCCUCUCAAGCUGACACAUCCAAGUCCACUGACUUAAAAAGAUUUGACAGCACAGCAGGAGAUGCUCAAUGCUCCGACCAGGACAAAGGUCAGGCUGCUAACAAGACCUCUGAGUCCACAUUUGGAGAGCUGCGAGUAAAGGAAGAAAAAAGCCCAGAGAGUGAGCGUGAGUCCCAGGAUGAGAAGACCCGCGCAGCUGCUUACAUCAACCCCAAAACAGAACCUCAAGAAGUGGACAUGAAGAGUGCGGGUGUUCAGGUCAAGGUCGAGCCUGAGGCAAAAGAUAAAGGGGAAAAGGGAGAUCACAGUGACCAGCAAAAGCAGCUUCACUCUGAUGAUGACUCCAGCGCCACCUGCAGUGCAGAUGAGGAUGUAGAAUCUGAGCCAGACAGACACAGGAUGUACUCAUUGGACAAGCCAUCGUUACUCAAUCCCCCUUCAUCUGUACUAGUAUCUUCCCCCAAGCAACAAAGUAUAAAGCAGAUGCACCAGCGAGCUGCUGCUAUCCCACAAAUGGUUCCCGGUCAGUUUGGUCCUGGGGGUGUGCCCAUCAGUGGCUAUGCCAUGUUACAGCAUCAAAUCAAGGCUGUACAUGAGUCCGCACAUCAAGAGGACAAGCAGAGGCAAGAUCACGGGGACUUGGAGCGCAGACCUUUCAAUAGCCGCAUCAUAGACAGAGAUGUGCUUCGCGCUUCUCCCAAUCAGCUGCAGAUGCCUGAUGGAGUCCGUUUACCGCUGAGCAGGCCCGGUCGACCACCAAACAUUCCCUCUCCUCCUCCACUCAUUCCAACCACCAAGCCCACAGACAAACCCUCUUUUAUUCAAGGUGGCUCCAUUUCACAGGGGACUCCUGGUACUUACCUACCGUCCCAUGUUGUCUAUGGUCCAGAAGGAACCAAGAGCUCUGUGGGCUCCAUAUCUCUGGGUCUUCCUCGACAACAGGAUCCAAACAAACCUGGAAAUACAAAGGCAGGUGAUGGUAUGCCUUUCAGAGGUUCAAUCACUCAGGGCACCCCAGCCUUGCCCCAAUCCAGCAUUGCAGCUGAUCUCCUAAAAGGUGGAAUGUCAAAGCAUGCCACAGAAGACCUAAACUGCCCAGAGAAGGCUCGUGUGAUUUAUGAAGGCAAAAGUGGUCACAUAAUCUCUUAUGAUGCCAUCAAGAAUUCUAGAGAAAACACUCGAAGCCCACGGACUGGCCAUGAGCUGAAGCGACCAUAUGACAUGAUGGAGGGGCCCUUGAUCAGGGGCCCCGGCAGAGAAGCGCCAUUUGAAGGAUUAAUUACCAGAGCUCUCCAUGGAGAAAAAGAUCGACCCUUGAUUUCCGGGUCCAUCAUGCAAGGAACACCUAGAACAUCUGCUGAGGCGUAUGAAGACACCAUGAAGUAUGGAAAACAGCUCAAAAGAGAGAGCCCACCCAUACGGCCUUUUGAAGGUGGAAUUGGAAAAGGCAAACCCUAUGAGGGAGUCAAUACAAUAAAAGAAAUGGGGCGGUCUAUUCAUGAAAUUCCUCGCCCAGAGUCGAGUACAGAUUGCUGCAAGACGCCUGAAAUGUCAGAAAGAAGAAGCAUGGAGCAUCAUCUAAACCAGCCUACCAUUAAGCACAACGUCAAGUCACUUAUUACUAGUCCAAGUAAGCUUCAGCAUGGCAUGCCUCCAAUAGAUCCAAUAGAACGGGCAAAGUAUGAAGAGAGUAAGGCUAUAAGGCACAGUGUGGUCAACUCUACAUCAGUCCUGCGCUCCACCAACCAAGAGGCCAACAAAUCACAGCUCAGCCCUGGCCUGUAUGAAGACGCCAAUGCUCGGAGAACUCCUGUGAACUACAGCACCAGUUCCAUGUCCAGAGGCUCGCCUAUGCUUGGCCGAGAUGGUAUGACCUCUUCAAAAACUGGGCAACACGAAAGAAAGCGUUCUAUGACACCAACACAGAGGGAAAGCAUCCCAGCCAAGUCUCCAGUGUCCAGUAGUGAUCCAGUUGCUUCUCAUAGUCCCUUUGACCCCCAUCACAGGCCUGUCCCAGGGGAAGUGUAUCGUGCACAUCUGCCCCCACAUCUGGACCCUUCCAUGGGUUUUCAUAGAGUUCUUGACCCUGCAGCCUUCAUGUUCCAGAGGCAGCCAUCCCCAUCAGGUUUCCACAACUACCAGCUCUACACCAUGGAAAACACCCGACAGACUAUUCUCAAUGACUACAUCACAUCGCAGCAGAUGCAAGUUAUCCCUCGGCCGGACUUGGCCCGUGGCAUGUCUCCACGGGAGCCGCCAGUUAUGCCUUAUCCAUCUGGAGCGAGAGGGAUUAUUGAUCUAGCCCAGAUGUCUCCAACUAUCCUGUUGCCUCACCCUGGGGGGGCAGGUACUCCCACUUUGGAACGCUUCGCCUUCCUCCCUGGACCUCAGCCCCCUUUCCCUCCUAGGGCUUUCCACCAAUCCUCCAUACCGCCAGGGCAUCCUGUACACCUGGCAGCAGCUGUCAACGCUGAGAGAGAGCGAGAACGAGAGCGUGAGAGGGAGCGUGACCGUGAGCAGCAGGAGAAAGAGCGGGAACGAGAACAGAGAGAGAGGGAACGAGAGCGCGUUGUCGAAUACAUGCGUACAGGUGGAGAACAGCCAGGCCGACCAGGGAGUCGUGGAUAUUUGCACUCACCUUCCCCUUCACAUAGAACACAAGAUGUCGUGGUUCAACAGAGACCUAGCAUUUUCCCAGGCAAGAGUGUCAUCACGUCCCUGAUGCCGCAUUCUACUGCAGUGACAGCGUCGGCUCAGAGCAGCUCUCGUUACAGCACCGCAGCUGAUGCUUUAGCAGCGCUUGUAGAUGCUGCUGCUUCCGCUCCACAGAUGGAGGUGUCUAAAGUCAAGGAAAGCAAACAUGACCAGGAGAGUGACAUGUCCACUCGACGGGGAGCAAAUCUCUCUGAGCAGCAAACUCAACAGGAAGUAGAGAGGCGGCCUAUUCAUUCGCCUUACCCUAUGUCUCUCCCUGGGGGGAAGCCUCACUCUGCCUACCCCGAUGCUCCGGGUAUCCCAGGAAAAGAGAAGUGCUCCCAGAACUCCAAGUCUCGCAUUGAAGAAGAACUCCGAACACGAGGGAAGACUACAAUCACAGCCGCCAACUUCAUUGAUGUCAUCAUCACUCGCCAGAUCGCCUCAGACAACAAAGACAACAGAGAGCGAGGGUCCCAAAGCUCAGACUCGUCUACUGCUAUGUCGUCUAAUCGCUAUGACAAUCCAAGUGGAGGUGCAAUUGAGGUCAUAAGUCCUGCCAGUUCUCCAGUCCACACCCAGCCAGACAAAUCAGAAGAUGGCCAACAACAGGCUGCAGCUGGUAUGCGUGGCUAUGACAUGAGCCGUUACCGGCAGCAAGGGGAACCGACUGCUCAGCUGCCUCCAUCCUCUCAAGCUGACAGCUACACAGUCUCCCAGAUACCUAAAACUCAGACGCGCAUGAUGACAUUAGCUGAUCAUAUCUCACAUAUAAUAACCCAAGACUUUGCACGGAAUCAAGACUUGCCCCCUUCCUCCUCCGCAUCAUCUGCUACAUUCCAGAGCGGAGUCUCUGCCAUGUCUUCUGGUCGGACUAAGAUGCCCAGUCGCUACAGUCCAGAGAAUCAGCCUUUUCACCAGAGACCUUCCAGCCAUAUUUCUUCUGAGAACGCCCCAGAAAAACCUAGAUCCAGACUUGGCAAGUCCCCAGAUCGAGGGGGUAGGCAAAUGGACAACUAUGAACCCAUUUCCCCACCGCAGAGCUACCAAGGCAUGGAUAAACAAGAGAGUGGUGUGCCCCUGGCUCAAAGGAGAGAAGCUGACAACCCUGACAUUCGGAACGAUUCAAGGUCACCAGGGAGUGUUGGCUAUUUACCUUCUUUUUUCACCAAGCUGGAAAACACUUCUCCUAUGGUGAAUGCCAAAAAGCAGGAGAUCUUUCGUAAGUUGAACUCCACUUCUGGUGUCGGUGAUUCUGAUGUUGGAAACUCACAACCAGGAACUGAAAUAUUUAAUUUGCCAGCUGUUACCACUUCUAGUAGUAUUAACCCGAGGAAUCAGUCGUUCAAUGAUCCAGCCAGUAACCUUGGUUUGGAGGACAUUAUCCGUAAGGCUUUAAUGGGUAACCUGGAGGAGCGGCAGGAGGAGCAUCAAGGAGGAGUGGUGUCUCAGUCUGGGAUUGGUGUGCAGGGGUCAAACGACAACCGCCAAGAGGCCGCCCCAUCACCAGGCAUAGCUAAGCAAAAGCUUCAAGGCAAAGCUGGCAGUAGAAAAUCCAAGUCGCCAAGCUUAGGUAUGGCCUAUGGGGGCGGGGAACGUCCCUCAUCUGUGUCCUCCGUCCACUCUGAAGGGGACUACCACAGACAGGCCCAAGCCCAACCACAGUGGAACUGGGAGGAACGACCCUCCUCUACAGGCUCUAUGCAGUUUCCCUACAAUCCCCUGACUAUGCGCAUCUUGAGCAACACACCUCCGAGCUCCAUAGCAACUCCUUCUAUUCAGAAACAACUUUUCAAAGACAUUCAGAAAAUAUUCCGGGAAACUUCUCAACUUCCUGAUGACAUCCUCAUUGCGCUGAAGUUUGUGUUUGGCCCAUGUGCACUCCAGGCCUUGGAUUUGGUGGAUCAGCGCUCUGUGACUUGUCUCUCCUCCUCAAGUGGUCGUAGAACGUUUCAGGUGACUGGAGCCUCUGGUCGGAUGUACAUUUGCUUCGUGACUUGUCACUUCUGCCCUUGUCCAGCCUUUGCGUACACUGUUCUCCGCAGAAAUGAAGGACUGCUGUGCAAACACCUCCUGGCUGUGUACUUGUCUCAGGCCAUGAACGUGACGCAGCAGGAGGCCGUGUCUGACCAGGAGAUGACCGCUCUACUCAGCGGCACGGCCUGA